GCCGAGAGAACCUUCUUUGGGUUCUUCUCCUAGAAGUGUUACAGGGGACCCCACAUGCCUGCCCAACCAAAUUGGGUUUUGAUGAUCCUUUGUCAAACCCUUUUUGGUUUAUAUCAUUAAUUUGUUAAUUUUAAUCUUUUUACAUUUAUUUGUCCAAAUUUGACUUUGAAUUUUGCGUACAAUUCAAGCACUCCUACCUACAUUCUUAGCGUAUUUGUCUUGCGUUUCUUGUUACUGUCUCUCUUACGCGUCCAUCUCUAAUCUCAUUCGUUUUUGGACGGGACCAUUUUUCUGAUUCUGUGUUGGAUUGAAUAGCAAAGGUUGUUCAUUUACAAACCAAAGAUUGUGAAAAAGAUUAAUGGUGGUGGCAAAAAAAAAUUGUAAAUUCUGUUGCUUUUUGAGCUGAUAGGGAUCUAAUCUGAGCUGGGUCUUCGCUGCUUCCAUCAAUUCUGCAGCUUGUUCUUGAUUUGCUCUUGAUUUGUUAUAGGCAAGAACUUCAUCAACCAUGAGCAAAUGGCUUAGCAAAAUUUUUAAAGGCUCUGGCCAUAAUAUUUCGGAAGGCCAUUAUCAUGGGAAUUAUGGAGAGGAUCCAAAUUAUUAUACAUCUUCUACUUCCGGGGUUGCCUGGUCAGAGCAAGAGAAUGAAGAUUUCAAUCGUGCUAUUGCAGAGUCCCUUUUAGAUGAAAAUCAAAAUACAAAAUGUGUGGUUGAUAAUGAGACUCAACUGGAAGAAGAUGAACUGCUUGCUAGAGCUAUACAAGAGAGCUUGAAUGUUGAAUCUCCUCCGCGACAUGGAUAUGGAAAUGGAAAUGGCAUUUCAUAUCAUGGGAAUGGCAAUGCAUAUCAAGGAAAUGUAUAUCAACCCAUCCCAGUCCACUUUCCAAUGGGGUAUAGGAUUUGUGCUGGUUGCAACACUGAAAUUGGUCAUGGAAGAUUUCUAAACUGCCUCAAUGCAUUUUGGCAUCCAGAAUGUUUCCGGUGCCAUGCCUGCAACCAACCCAUUUCUGACUAUGAGUUCUCUAUGUCUGGGAAUUACCGUUAUCAUAAAUCUUGCUACAAGGAGCGGUACCAUCCAAAAUGUGAUGUUUGCAAGUACUUUAUACCAACAAACCCUGCUGGUCUCAUUGAAUAUAGGGCGCAUCCCUUUUGGAUCCAGAAAUACUGCCCAUCUCAUGAACAGGAUAGUACUCCUCGGUGCUGCAGCUGUGAACGAAUGGAGCCACGAGACACAGGAUAUGUUGCGCUUAAUGAUGGUCGGAAGCUCUGCCUAGAGUGUCUGGACUCUGCAGUCAUGGAAACCAAUCAAUGCCAGCCCCUUUAUCUUGAUAUACAAGAAUUUUUUGAAAGUCUGAAUAUGAGAGUAGAGCAGUUUGUCCCUUUGCUCUUGGUUGAGAGACAAGCACUAAAUGAAGCCAGAGAGGGGGAAAAGAAUGGCCAUUAUCACAUGCCAGAAACAAGAGGACUUUGCCUUUCUGAGGAACAAACAGUCAGCAGGGUACUAAGACGGCCUAGGUUUGGGGCAGGAAACCGAGCCACAGGCAUGGUAACAGAGCCUUACAAAUUGACACGCCGUUGUGAGGUGACUGCAAUUCUCAUUUUGUUUGGCCUCCCAAGGUUGCUUACUGGGUCAAUCCUGGCUCACGAGAUGAUGCACGCAUGGAUGCGACUUAAAGGUUUCCAACAUCUCAGUCAAGAUGUUGAAGAGGGUAUCUGUCAGGUGCUUGCACACAUGUGGUUAGAAACACAACUCACGCCUGGUUCAAGCAGCAGUGCUGCAUCAUCCUCUUCUUACCAAGCUUCAAGACAGGGCACAAGAUCUCCGUUUGAGAGGAAGCUCGGGGAAUUUUUCAAGCAUCAGAUUGAAUCGGACACUUCUCCAAUAUAUGGAGAUGGAUUCAGAAUCGGUCACCGAGCAGUGCAAAAAUAUGGCCUUCAAAGGACACUUGAUCAUAUUCGAAUGACGGGGGGAUUUCCAUAUUGAAUUCCCGAGUCUUGAAUUGUUUACCACGACUUUUCUUCAUUUACACGGUUAAAAAAGCUUUGGUCUUUUCUAAUAUGAUAUCAAGACCAAAGCACACUGCACAUAGGAGUUGACUUUUAGAGAAUAGUUUGCAGUUCUAAUUUGUUUCUGGUCUCGUGGCUAUGAUGCCAUUCAAUAGCUAUUUUUUUGUAAAUUUUAUUGUAUAAUGAAAGAUAUUAUUCAUUCUUUUAUUUCA